AUGGCAUGGCCACCCCUCUACUGGCUCUGCAUGCUGGGGACCUUGGUAGGGCUCUUAGCUACCCCAGCCCCAAACAACUGUCCAGACAGACACUACUGGAUUGGGGCAGGACUCUGCUGCCAGAUGUGUGGGCCAGGGACAUUCCUUGUGAAGCACUGUGACCAGGACAGAGCCGCUGCUCAGUGUGAUCCGUGUAUUCCAGGCACGUCCUUCUCUCCAGACUACCACACCCGGCCCCACUGCGAGAGCUGCAGGCACUGUAACUCUGGUUUUCUCAUCCGCAACUGCACGGUCACUGCCAAUGCUGAGUGCACCUGUUCCAAGGGCUGGCAGUGCAGGGACCAGGAAUGUACGGAGUGUGACCCUCCUCUAAACCCUGCACUGACUAGCCAGCCCUCUGAGGCCCCCAGCCCCCAGCUGCCACCACCCACCCACUUACCUUAUGCCACAGAGAAGCCAUCCUGGCCCCCACAAAGGCAGCUUCCCGACUCAACUGUCUAUAGCCGCCUGCCAUCCCAAAGACCUCUGUGCAGCUCCGACUGUAUCCGGAUCUUUGUGACCUUCUCCAGCAUGCUUCUUGUCUUCGUCCUGGGUGGGAUCUUGUUCUUCCAUCAAAGAAGAAAUCAUGGGCCAAGUAAGGCACAGGCCUUCCCUCCUGCCCUCUCAGCUCUGCCACCCACACCUAAAGCCCCCAUCCCACCUUCACCCACCUUCUCUGGUUCUUCAAGUGUCCUUCCCUCAGGCUCCCCUGGCUCCCCCAUGCCCCAUCCUCCACUCUGGCCUUCUCCUCUCUCCUCACCUUCCCCUCUCUUCUCUCCACUGCUGACCAACACUUGGCUAAUUGUCUUUGCACAGAUGAAGAUAGCCAGGCAGUACCUGAAGAGCUUUGUCCUUACAGCUGCCCUAGGGAGGAGGAGGGCAGUGUCAUCCCUAUCCAGGAAGACUACCGGAAACCUGAGCCUGCUUCCUACCCUUGAUGCGGUGCUGGGGGGUCGGAGCGGGGCGGCUUUCCACUGAGGUAGCAUCCAGAGAACUCUGGCUCCUGCCCUACCACCCUCAUCAGAACAGUUUCCUGUGUAUACUCGACGGAUUGCCCUUCUGAGACCGACAGGGACAAGAGCAGGAGCCCGGUGUAUGGGGGAGACUCAGGCUCUAGCUGUAAAACAGCUUCUAAAUGAAGCCUUCCAGCUGGCAAAGCUACUUGCUGGGGGGCAGUGAGCAGCACAGAGUGUUGUUCUUCCAGAGGACCAGAGUUUGAUUCCCAGCACUGUCAGAUGGACCAAAACCAGCCGUAACUUUAGAUUCAGAGGAUCUGACACCUUUGACCUCCUCCAGCACACACGCACACACUGGACACACACACACUGGACACACACACAACACACACACACACUGGACACACACACACUGGACACACACACACUGGACACACACACUGGACACACACACUGGACACACACACACACACUGGACACACACACACACUGGACACACACACACACUGGACACACACACACUGGACACACACACACACACACACACACACACGAUUUAAAAAAAAGAUGUGAUGAGCCACCAGAAGGACUAACUGCCACAAGGGACACUAUCUACAGACACACAGACUUUCUGGCUUUGGUCUGUCUUCUCUGUAAGUUGUGACAGUGCUGUGGGAAAGCUGAAACUGAGACUUUCUCUCAGUUGCGCUAAAACUAUAAAUAAAAUUCAUUUUUCUAUA